AUGUCUGAUGCGCAGGACGCCGAAGAAGAGGGAGGCGCGGCUGAGGCCGCCGCCAGCGAGGAAGCGGACAGAAAGAGAGGAAACGAGACGCUUGUGCCGCAUCCAGAAAAACGCGCAUGUCUCUGGGGGACAGGCGCAACGCAGAGCCUGCAUAUGAGUCCUCCUUCUCACCCUCAUGGCGCGAGAUCCGCGCCUUUCGCGUCCGUUUCUUCUGCUACGUCCCCAUCUUUUUCCUCUUCCUCUUGUUCUUCUUCAUCUUCUAAUUCAUCUUCUUUUCCAUCGUCUUUUUCAUCUUCUUUUGCAUCUUCUCCGUCCUCUUCGGCGGCGCGACCGGGCGCUGAGGGGGAGAAAGCUCCGCCUGCCAUCUCUCACGAGCGCGCGGGGUCGAUGAUUAUCAUCUCGCAUCGCCAGAAAGGCAACGACCUGCUCAGAUUCAUCACCGCCGUUCCGCACUCGUUUGCGCACAUCGCGCCGGACUUCCUCGUGGGGCCGUGUGCCUGCGCACUCUUUCUCUCGCUUCGCUACCACCAGCUGUUUCCUUCUUAUCUUCUAAAGCGCCUCGAGGGACUCGCAGGCGCCGCCUACACGCGGCGCUUCCUCCUUCUCCACGUAGACUUGACCGUGCCCGAUGCGCCGCUAGCUCAGGUGACGCUUCUCGCGUUUCAUCACCGCUUUUCGCUGCUGCUGGGGUCCUCGCUGCAAGAGUGCGCCGGCAUCCUCCAGCUCCUCAAGGUUUACGAAAACAAACCGGCGGACGCGCUUCUCGCGAAGCUCGACUCCAAGCACAGCACCCGCGUCAUGGAGGCGUUGACCGCGAUUUCGCCCGUGAAUAAGACCGACGUGUUGACGCUCGCGGGAGAGUUCAGGACUGUGAAAGGCAUUCUGCUUGCCUCCCGACAGGCGCUGGAGCGCUGCCCUGGCAUCGGCGAGAAGAAAGCGAAAAAGAUUUUAAAAGUGGCGCGCGACCCCUUCUUCGCGUCGCAGCCGUCGCAGACGAAGCUCGCGGCGUCUUCCCUACUCGCGCUCCCUCCGCCACCCACGGAUGCGCGAACGCCUGCGCCUCUUGCGUUGCCGUCUGCUCCAUCGCCUUGCUCGGCGGAUGCUGGGGCGUCGCUGCGUUAA